AUGGAUGCUCUUGAAAAAGUCCUCGCUUGCCUAAUCUAUGGGCAAGUUUUGUUCCCUCGUUAUGACAAAAUUAUGGAUGUGAUUGCUCUUAAGAUCUUCAUUGGUAAUAAUCCGGUUCCAACUUUAUUGGGUGACUUGUUGCAUUCCAUCCACCAUCGAUCAUCUAAAGGCAAAGGUUGUAUUCUUGGAUGCGCACCAUUAUUGCAUAAGUGGUUUAGUUCGCACUUAUCCCGUUCUACAAUAAAGAAUGAAGAAGGUUUGACUUGGGUUCAGAGAAUCAUGAGGCUUUCAUACGACGAUAUCAUUUGGAACCAAAAAGAGUUUGAAGGAACCCAUCUGUUUGAUAGUUGUGGAGACUUCCCAAAUGUACCUCUUCUUGGUACUCGAGGAGGAGUAACUUAUAAUCCCAUACUAGCUCGACAUCAGUUUGGUUUCGCUUUGAAAGACAAACCUCGCUCCAUAUAUCUUAGCUCGGAAAAUUUUGAUUAUGAUUCAGAUACAACCGGAAAGAAGAAGUUGUUUAUUAGAGCUUGGUCCAAGGUAAAGAAAGUAUGCAUAAGAGAAUUGGGACUAAGGAGUUACAUCCCUUCAGAUAUUUAUUUUAGGUGGAUUUAUGAUCGAGUUGUUGAGUAUGGUAUGCCGUAUCCGUCUGAUGUCCCUCUUGUGCCAAGGGUUACCCCUACGAUCAUUCCUGUGGUUUUGGAGCCUUAUGUCCCUGCUCCAAAUGAAGACCUUGCUGCUACCGUUGCUUCUCUAAGAAGGGAAAAGGCGGAUCUUGAAAGGCGCUUGCAUAAGGUCGAAGCUGAGAAAGCGGUAUUGGUGGCUGAUGCUAAAGAGCGAGAUGGUAUGCUUGACUAUUUCUCCCGCAAAUGGAAGAUUGAGGAUUUCGUCUCUCCAGAUCAGAUACAAUCAUGGGAGCGAGAGAUUGAUAGGCUCGUCCAAGAAAGAAACGAGAUGAUAAAAGCUCACAAAGAGGAAAUCAGAAGUUUAAAGAGAAAGCGCCGACUCGAAGACUGA